AUGGCGGAGUACCAGGGGGAGUACGGGCACCCGUACCCGCGCGUCGACCAGUACGGCAACCCCGUGCCGCCGGUGGACCAGUACGGCAACCCCGUGCCGAGGGAGCCACCAGCGUCCGGUUUGGGCAGCACCGCUGAUCCCCCCUACAGCGCUGGCGACACUGUCGCGGUGCACGUGACGGCGCUCGCGUACGAGGGCAUGGUCGGUGGCGGCGUGGGAGGCGCCCAACUCCAGCCGACCAGGGAGGAGCACACGUUUGGCCCGGGCGCGCAGCUCCAGCCGACCAAGGAAGAGCACACGACGACACUCGGCGAGAAGCUGAGGCGCUCCGGCAGCUCCAGCUCCAGCUCGUCCUCCGAGGACGACGGGCAAGGUGGGCGCCGUAAGAAGAAGAAGAGCAUCAAGGAGAAGAUAAAGGAGAAGCUCCCAGGCAGCCACAAGCACGAGGAGCAGAAGGCUGGGCACGUGGCGCCGGCGGCGACGGCGACGGGGACGCAUGCAGCGGGGACGCACGAGAAGAAGGGUUUCAUGGAGAAGAUCAAGGAGAAGCUGCCGAGACACCACCGCUGA